AUGGUGAAGUGCACAAUAUCCAAAAUCUCUUAUUCGAUCAACGAUUCACGUUGGUCGGACGUUGUGGUAGAAUCGUAUGAUUUUAUCGGUGUUACAGAAGCAGCCCAGCCGAUAGAAUCAUGUUAUGAGAGACGGGAAUUUGGUCUUACAUGUACAGUUUGUAAAACACCAAUUGAAGAAGAUCGAGCUGACUUAAUAGCACAUUAUAAAUCUGAGUGGCAUCGGCAUAAUCUUCGUCGGGUCUUGCAAGGACGGCCAGUGCUUACCGAAGAUGAAUUUGAGCAAACAAUAUCCGACAAUAAUCAGCUUAGCCCAUUGGAUACAGAAAGUGAUGAUGAGAUAAUGCCACUUACUGGCGGAGCUCAUGCUUAUUUCAUAAGCGAAGGAACAGUGUAUUCUAUAUAUCGAUGUAUUUUGUUGAAAAAUGAGGUUAUAUCUCAAAAUUUAUUUCAACGUCCAUUAGAUUGUUCUAUUUUGCUGCUUUCUGCUGGCCAUUUCUGCGGCGGUAUUUUCAAGAAUCAUGAAUUGGUUGUACAUAAAAGUUUCCAUCGCUAUGUUGUCCGAGCGAAACAGGGAACAGCACAGUCAAUAUCCGAUGCGCGUGGAUCUGCAGCGAAAAGUGCUGGUGCCUCUGUGAGAAGAUAUAACGAAAAAGCUUUAAAAGACGAAAUUCAAUGUUUGUUGGCGAAUUGGUCGAAGUUAUUGGAACAAAGUCCAUUAAUAUUUCUGCGUUGUCCAAUGUCGCUAAGGCAUGUCUUUUUUGAACAAACGAAAAAUUUCAAAUUAGAAAAAUGUGAUGAACGUUUGAGGACAAUACCAUUUGAAACACGCCGACCAACGGUGGACGAGCUACAGCGAACAUGGUCAAGAUUGAAACUCAUUCGUUCACACGGGUCAAUAGUUGAUUUUAAUGAAGAACAAGAAAGGCUUAGAAAGUUACGCAAGAAUCGGAGACGAUUGUUUCGGCGCAAUAUAUCAGGAGUAAAAUAUCCGUCCAGUGAAUCUUCUCUCGAAUCAGAUAAUAAUGACAACAUUAUUGAUAAAAUGAAGCAAGCUGAAGUAAUGAGGAAUAUACCACAUGAAGAAAACGAAAAUUCGGAACAACAGGAGACAGCAGUGAGUCUUUUGAGUAAGACAAAUGCGCAGGCUUUGUAUACCUUUAUUCGCAUGAAUUCGGUUUCUAAGUUACGCCAACUGCUAGAAAGCAGUGGGGAAAUGAAAGAAGAUUUCUUGAAAUACAUCCGAGAAACGACGUUUCCACCAGCGUCUUCAACUUUUCUACAUAUUGUGGCGAGAAGAGGUACAGUGGAAAUCCUGGAAGAACUCUUAUUGUUAGGGUGUGAUCCAGCGGUGAAAGACAGUGAAGGGAAGGUUCCUUAUCAGGUCGCACAAAAUCGAACAGUUCGGCAAGCGUUUAGCAAAUUCCGUUCCGAACAUCCCGAUACAUUCAACUGGAAUGCUAGCCAAAUACCAGAACUGGCAACCUUGAGUGAAGAGCAAUUAGCGAAGGAGGCAGAGAAAAAACGAAUUCAACGCGAAAAGAAAAAGCAACGGGAUAAAGCUAAAAAAGCUGCUCAUUAUCAAGAGAAGAUAGAGCAGGAACAGCGUCAAAAAUAUUUAGCACUUUCCGAUCGGGAAAAAAGAGCCCUUGCUGCAGAACGCCGGAUUGCUACAUCUUUGCAAAAAUGUUGUCAAAUUGUUGAAAAUGAUGGUGAUCGUUGUUUCAAGUGUGGUGCAGUUCUGGUUCCCAAGCAUUUUGAAUAUUGUGAUAAUCAUUUCUGUUCACUCGCUUGCCUGCAACAACAUCGGCAGGAACAUCCGCCUCAACUUAUAUCCUGA